AUGGCCAAUCCAUGGGCCAUCGUUUUGCUGCUAGCGUACGUCCUCAUUGAUCUCGCAUGGACCAUAAUCCCGUUCGGGCUUUACAUCCCAGGCUUCGGCUUCGAUUACAACACACUUGAAAGGAAUUUGAAUCCAGUUGAAUACAAUAUUCUGAAAAACGGCUUCGACUUUCUCGUGUGCACGCUGCUGAGGUUCAUCUUUGUCCUUCUUGGACUGAUUCUCAUUGCGACUAAAAGAAGCACAAAAUUGUUCUUUCUGAUUUUUGCAAGCUUCGGAGUCUGUUCGAUAUCGUUUUCACUGGUCAAGGUGAGUGUUCUGUUAUCUUUUGUUUAUUUUUUAGGAGGUUUUCUGCAUUUGGAAGGCAGAUGCGGUCUAAAUUGUGUUUUUGAUCACACAAUAACGUUUAGUAUGCGUUUUGUUGUGAUUUUAUGCCUAAAACAACAAGUGGAGCUACCAUUUUACUUCUAAAUUCCCUGUGAUCCUUUAGAAGGCAAAGGGCACCUUUUUACUUUCCGUUUUUAUCCUUUACUGCUAUGGAAAAUUUAUUUUGUACCUAUUUCAGCUCUUAUGUUUCUCCGAAUAUCCGGAACAGCUGAAAUACGUUGGUAUUUGGAUGAGCAUCGUGUGGAACAUCCUCGGUUCGAUCCUCUCCGUCGCUUCCUUCCACUUUUUGAUCAGAAAAUGGCUGUUCAAGACCGAGUACGAACGAAUGCAAGAAGAAGCUGAGGCCGAAGAGAAUCCGGAGGAGAAUGCUCCAGCGAAUGGUGAAGAGAAGCCGGAGAAGGUGACGAGGAAGUCGGUGACGGCACACGUCAAGUUCCUAUUGCAAUACGCCUGUCAAUAUUGGCCGUGGUUCAGCAUGGCGUGCGUUUUCUUGGUGAUCUACUCAACUGGUAGGUAAAAUAAUAUUAUAAUUUUAAUCUUGUUGUUCAAAGCGAAAAAAAAUCAAACAAUUUUCAGCUAGAAUCUUUAUUCCUUUCUACACGGGUCAAGUGAUCGCCAACAUUGUACACAGGGACGAAAAGUCCAGUUACGCCUUCUACUCCACGGUCUUGAAGAUGUGCGGCUUCAUGAUUGUAGCGUAAGUUCUUCUUAUUAUUGUUGUUACGUCUUUAGAACCCUUUUCGCUGGCCUUCGUGGGGCUUCGUUCAGUUGGGGAGGAGCGUUGGUGAAUCGAAUCAUGAGGAAGAACUUGUUCGACUCGUUGAUCCGCCAGGAGAUCGCAUUCUUCGACAAAAUGCAGACUGGUGCCAUCUUAUCACGACUCACAACCGACUGUCAGACCGUCACAAACAUUUUGGAUUUGAACAUCAACCUUUUCAUGAGGAACAGCGUGAUGCUUGUUGGAUCCCUCAUUUUCAUGUUGAACUUGUCGUGGCGUCUUACGGUGGUCACUUUCAUCGUUAUCCCACCGAUUGGAGUGUUCACUAAGCUCUAUGGAGAUUACUAUGAUGUGAGUUUUUGGGACUACUAG